UUUUAAGAACCGGCGGCUGGCAUUGGGCUCAGUUGGGGGUGCGGGGCUGUCACCGAGAGGAUUCGGUGCCGAUCCCUGAGGUGCUCGCGCGCGCCAGCUGUCCUCGCGGCCGCCUGCGCGCUGCCCGCCCGGCCGCCCGCCCGCCCGCCUGGGGCUCCGCCGUCCUCGCCUCGGCCUCGUUAGACUGCCGGGAGCCCCGCAGCUCCGCGGGAACCGGCGGGUAACUCGCGUCCCUAAGCGCUCCUCCAGCACCUGAGGGGGCCGCCUCGGGCCAUGGUGCUCUCCCAGGAGGAGCCCGACUCCGCGCGGGGCACCGGCGAGGCGCAGCCGCUCGGCCCCGCGCCCACGGGGGCUGCGCCGCCGCCCGGCCCGGGAACCUCGGACAGCCCGGAGGCGGCGGUCGAGAAGGUGGAGGUGGAGUUGGCGGGACCGGCGGACGCGCAGCCCCGUGAGCCCCCCGAGCCCCCAGAGGGCGGCUGGGGCUGGCUGGUGAUGCUGGCGGCCAUGUGGUGCAAUGGGUCGGUGUUCGGCAUCCAGAACGCUUGCGGGGUGCUCUUCGUGUCCAUGCUGAAGACCUUCGGCUCCAAAGAUGAUGAUAAGAUGGUCUUUAAGACAGCAUGGGUAGGUUCUCUCUCCAUGGGAAUGAUUUUCUUCUGCUGUCCAAUAGUCAGCGUCUUCACAGACAUAUUUGGUUGUCGGAAAACAGCUGUCGUGGGUGCUGCUGUUGGAUUUGUUGGGCUCAUGUCCAGUUCUUUUGUAAGUUCCAUCGAGCCUCUGUACCUUACCUAUGGAAUCAUAUUUGCCUGCGGCUGCUCCUUUGCAUACCAGCCUUCAUUGGUCAUUUUGGGACACUAUUUCAAGAAGCGCCUUGGACUGGUGAAUGGCAUUGUCACUGCUGGCAGCAGUGUCUUCACAAUUCUGCUGCCUUUGCUCUUAAGGGUUUUGAUUGACAGUGUGGGCCUCUUUUAUACACUGAGGGUGCUCUGCAUCUUCAUGUUUGUUCUCUUUUUGGCUGGCUUUACUUACCGACCUCUUGGUUCCAGUACCAAAGAUAAAGAGAGUGGAGGUAGCAGAUCCUCCCUCUUUUCCAGGAGAAAGUUCAGUCCUCCAAAAAAAAUUUUCAAUUUUGCCAUCUUCAAGGUGACAGCUUAUGCAGUGUGGGCAGUUGGAAUACCACUUGCACUUUUUGGAUACUUUGUGCCUUAUGUUCACUUGAUGAAACAUGUAAAUGAAAGAUUUCAAGAUAAAAAAAAUAAAGAGAUUGUUCUCACAUGCAUUGGCAUCACUUCAGGAGUUGGACGACUGCUCUUUGGCCGGAUUGCAGAUUAUGUGCCUGGUGUGAAGAAGGUUUAUCUACAGGUACUCUCCUUCUUCUUCAUUGGUCUGAUGUCCAUGAUGAUUCCCCUGUGUAGCGUCUUUGGGGCCCUUAUUGCUGUGUGUCUCAUCAUGGGUCUCUUCGAUGGAUGCUUCAUUUCCAUUAUGGCUCCCAUAGCCUUUGAGUUAGUUGGUGCCCAGGAUGUCUCCCAAGCAAUUGGAUUUCUGCUCGGAUUCAUGUCUAUACCCAUGACUGUUGGCCCACCCAUUGCAGGGUUACUUCGUGACAAGCUGGGCUCCUAUGAUACGGCAUUCUACCUCGCUGGAGUCCCUCCCCUUAUUGGAGGUGCUGUGCUUUGUUUUAUCCCGUGGAUCCAUAGUAAGAAGCAAAGAGAGGUCAAUAAAACCACUGGAAAAGGAAAGACGGAGAAAAUGCUGGAGAACCAGAACUCUCUGCUGUCAAGCUCAUCCGGAAUCUUCAAGAAAGAAUCUGACUCUAUUAUUUAAUGUCUUAUAUACCUCCACCAGACUGGACUUGCUUUCUGAAUUUUAAGCAAGUUUCCUUUCCUUUUAUACGAAUUGCAAAUUUAAUAUUUUUUUAAUCACAUCCUAGGAAUAGCACAAUAAUUGGGAAAUAGAACCCUUAUUACUGCAAGAACCACUUUCUGCCACCGAAUAUCUCUGAUGUUGCCAUGAGUCUGAGGGCAGAGACUCUGGUAUAUAAAAACAUGUCUGAAAGUUACAUUGUGAAAAUUUGAAGCUAUCUCAGUAAAAAGCAACUUUGGAAACUGUGAAAGCUCUUUAGCUUGUACAAAUAUUUAAAAAUACCUCAAGCUAUACUGAAAGGAUUGUGGUUUGGUUAGGAGUGGAAAUAAUUUUGUUUGUUAAUGAUGUCUUCAGUUCUGGUACCUCUGUUUUACUUUCUUACGCUCUUUGGAAACUUUUUGCAAAAUGCAAGCCUGGGUUCUGGAUACUACCAGAUCUACCUAAACCUCAAGCCUAUGUUAAAGUUGCUUUCCUGCUGUUAAAUAAGUUAUGAUAUUAAGAUAUUCUGACUUGCUCCAAUGUCAAGGGAGCAGGUGCUAACAAUGUGUUCAGAAUCAAUAUGUGAGAUGAAAAGGGUCCUCUCCAGGAGAAUCCUGAGCUGUUCAAAAAUCAUUUAAGUUUACGGCAUUGUUCCCUUUGCGUUUGCAGUGUGUUUUACUAAAGUAGCCAGAAACACCCACAUUUCUGAAUUUGUUUAAAUUGUACCAAUAAAGUAAAACAGAAUGCAUGAAAGAUAUUCUGGCAAUUGUAACUUAGAAUUUUUCUGACUUCUGGAUUUGUUGGCACUAGGACCUGAUAUUUUAAAAAAGUCUUACUGAGCAUGUCAUCAAGUGGCAGUUACAGGCACAAAUUGGUGGAGGCUGGAGGAUGUGGUGGGGGGGUGGGAGGAGCAAAACCCUUUAUAUUUGUGAAGAAAAUACCUGUAUCUGAUAGAAAUAAUUACUUAAAUUAGUUUAUGAAAUUAAUUUGUCUGAAAAAGUUAAAAGCACUUAUAAAAAGAACCAAGUCCUACAUUUCCAGAACUUUCUGGCAAAAAUUUGCACUCAUAUGUAUUUAUCCUAGUGUGUUCCCUAUUAACAUUCUCAUUAUUUUUUGCUAUUUAUAUACAGGUUAUCAUAAGAAAGCUGUUAGUUUGAGGAC